AAAAUAAAUGCGCAACGCAAGCGAUAAAUGUCUGCUGCGAUAACGGCAUACGCUAUAGCGCGGGUGGCAUAUGUCGCCGCUACGGCACCGGCCUCAACAGGAUCCGUGAAAGGUGUGGCAGCUGCGGUGGUUCGACGCAGUCAAGAUGCGUAGCCUCGCUUUGUUCGUCGCCGCUGUUUCACUCAUCGGAGGGUGCGCAGCACAAUCAUCUGUUUGCUCUGACUUCGGGAACGAGUUCUGUGGCAACGCUGUAUGCGAAGUGGUUCCUGGUGCAGAGCACGAUUUCGUAUGCAAAUGUCCGGGAGAUGACAUGUACUACAAUGCUGCGGAAAAACAUUGCGAAUAUAAAAGCACGUGCAAAACAAAAGAGUGCAGCUAUGGAAGAUGCGCACAAAUUUCCCCGAGAAAAGCUGUCUGUGGCUGCGAUGGCGUGGACUCUUUAACGCAAAGGUGCAACAUUCAAGGUUGGUACGCUGACGAAUGCCGAAGAAAGGGGGGAACGGCUAAGUUGCGUACGGAUGGGUUUCUUGGCGCAAAGUGCGACUGCGGCGAAUGGAGCGUGAUGGACCGCAACAAAAGAAAGUGUGUCCCUACCACAUGUCUACGUCCCGACUUGACCUGCAAAGACCUCUGCGAGAAAAACCUGCUUGAAAAGGAUUCUCGAUGCUGCCAGGGAUGGAACUCUGCAAACUGUUCAACGGCUCCUGAAGAAGGCAGUUAUUGCUCUCCUGGUAACCUAAAAGGCAAGGACGGAAGUUGUAAAGAUGCUUGCAGUGCGAAAGAAGGUACGCUUGUCUGCAAGUAUGGAUGCAAGGGGUCAACCAAGCCGAUGAGGGCAUACGAGUGCGAGUGCCAAUCUGGCGAUGAAGUCGCUGAAGAUGGAAUUACCUGCAAACGUGUUCCGUACACAGGCGGCUGCAGUGACGAGCAGAAAAAGACCUGCCGUCCAAGCGAAUACUGCCUUGCGAAGAAGGAAAAUGUGGUGUGUGAGUGCCCGAUGCGUCAGCAUCUAGUGAAUGACGAGUGCACAAGUGAUUGCGUCGACGACAAAUGCCACGAAAACUUUACGGAAUGUGGCGUCUAUAUGUGGAAACAAAACUGCUAUUGUCCAUGGAGAACAAGGAAGCCGCUCCCAAACGUGUCCAUCAACGAAUGCGUGCUGAACGAGUAUUACUAUACGGUGUCAUUCACCCCGAACAUCUCACUCGAUUCUCGCAGCUGCGACUCGUAUGCGGCCCGUGUUCUGGACGCGAUAAGGACCAGUAUCGGAAACGAUGUUUUUAAAGUUGAGAUACUGAACUGCACACAUGACAUUAAAGCAAGGCUCAUAGCGUCGAAACCGCUGUCAAAGCACGUGAUCAAGAGGCUUCAAGCGUGCGAGCAUCCUGUCGAUGACCUGUGCAUGCUGUAUCCGAAGUUGCCGAUCAAGAAAGGCUCUGCAACAGAAAUCGAAGAAGAGAACCUUUGCGACAGUAUCCUCAAGACGCAGGAAAAUGGAUACAAGGGUCAGAACAAGUGCGUCAAGGUCGAUAACUUUUUCUGGUUCCAGUGCGCUGACGGUUACAGAGCAGUUGAUGAGAUCACACGAGGUCGCCUACGCCGCUCCGUGUGCGAAGCUGGAGUCUCCUGCAGCGCUAAAGAACAGUUGGAAUGUGCUAACAAAGGACAAAUAUGUGUCUACAAAAAUGAAAAAGCGAAUUGCCAAUGCCCUCCAGGCACUGUCGCUGGGCAAGCUGGUUGCACUGCCCGUACAACAUGCAACCCUAAAGAGAUACGAGAAUGCCAGGACCAGAAGCGGAAAUGCGUAUAUAAAGACCAAAAAGCUCAAUGCAAGUGUCCCGAAGGCACCGUUGAUGAUGGUGACGGAUGUUCUAUUGAGCCUGCCAAAGAACCUUGCAGCGAAUAUGGAGUCGGUAAAUGUCGAAGCAAAGGACAGAGUUGUGUAAUGGAAAACGGAAAGCCUGUUUGUAAAGAAAUCUCUGACGCAACAACAGCAGCGACUGCAACAACGAAGGCGAAAGACAAGGAUCAAGAACCUUGCAGCGAAGAAGACAGCGGUACAUGUCGAAGCAGUGGGCAGCGUUGUGUAAUGGAAUACGGAAAUCCUGUUUGUAAAAAAAUCUCUGACGCAACAACAGCAACGACUACAACAACGAAGGCGAAAGACAAGGAUCAAGAUCGUGGAAAGUCAAGUGCUGCCGCAGUCUCAGCUACAUGGCUCUUGUUGCUGGUCGUAGCUACUUCAGUUGUCUCCGCAUAGAUGUAAGGAACAUGUCAAGCUUGAAUACGCGAGGGUUUGCAAAUGUAUAUAUAACGCGCUUACAUCGAGCACCAAGCUUGGCUUUUGGAAUUUAUAAAUUGCGCACGAGUAUUCACAACCACACGGAUGUAUCAUUUGGGAAUAACGGAGAAGACGGACGUGAAAGAGGUUUCCUAGUCUGAGAACACGAAAAAAAAAUGUUUUCAUGUCUGCCUGACGUGAAAUAAAUUUAGUUGGGUCUAAACGAGAAAAA